AUGUCGUCGACGUUCGACCCCUUUUACGAAACGGGCGAGAGGGCCUUUCACCAGAUGAAGUUUGUCGAGUACACGUCCGCGAACAAGGCCAGGGUAUACCGCACGGGACAGGCCGAGCCGAGCAGCCUGCUGCACCACCCUCUGUCGCAGCUCCGCCCGCAGGACGACUGCAUCGUCGUAGUGCCCUUUACUGGCUUCAGCCCGCUGCAGACGCAGGAGGGUCUCGAGCAGGUGGUCCGGCGCUGGGGCGUCCCCGGCGAGAUGUACCGGCACCUGGUGCAGAACCAGGGCGGCGACCGGUUCGAGGUGCACGCCGAGGGCUUCCGCUGGCGGACGUGGAGGAUCCCCGUGGGGGCGUGGCCGUGGGCCCUGCUCACGUCGUACCCGACCUACUUUGCCGUCGGGACGCCUCUGGGCGAUGAUGAUGGUGACGAUGCCGUUGCGGCGGCGGCGCCGUUGAGAGUCCUGGCGUUUGUGGCCAAGGACCGCGUGAGCAAGACCGAGGUGGCGCUCAAGGGGUACGUCGGAGCGGACCUGGCGGGCGUCUCGUGCGAGCUCAGGUUGCUGUAUCUGCAGGCGCUGCUCAUCAUGACGGUGAAUGACAACUGGCAUAACUGCACCGAGAGCAUCAAGCGCUCCAUCACCCGCAACAUGAGCGCGCUGCGCGACGCCCGCAAAAACGUCUCGUACUCGGAGAGCAUGGGGCACGCGAGCGAGUACCAGUUCGUGUCCAUCACCAACAUGGUCUACCUCAAGUCCAUCAUCGAGCACGCCGGCGCCGUGGCGAGCGCGGCGAGCAUCAUGUCCCUACCAGAGAAGUCGCCGUCGCGCCACAGGGAGCUGCUGCUGGCCGUGCGCGACAUUGCCCGCAACUCGCAGCAGCAGUUCCGCGACAACCUCACCGCGUUUACCGCCCUGCGCGAGGCCCUGGACGGCGAGCUGAGAAACUGCGCGGUGGCUGUCCAGAACAACAGCCUCGACUACGUGAGGCAGAGCCUCAUCGACAUGCGGCAGGUGUCGCGCAGCAGCCAGAAGCAGGCCGAGGAGAUGCACAAGUACGCCGAGCAGGCCAAGGAGGACACCCGGUACAUGAGGCGGCUGGCGCUCAUCACCAUGUGCUUCUUGCCCUCUUCCACCGUCGCCGCCAUGUUCAGCAUGCCGUUCCUCAGCCUCGACGACGACCUCAGCUUCAAGGCCAUCCGCAAGUUUUGGAUCUUCGUCGUCGUCAGCCUCGUCUUCACGGGCCUCACGUUUGGCGUGUCGUUUUCGUGGGACCUGCUGUCGCGCAUAAAGGCGUCGAGGAACGGCGGCGCGAAGCAGCAGCAGCAGCAGCAGGGGAAGGAGGAGCAAGACGUCGACAACGCGGGCGACGACCUGAGACCGCGCCCGCACGUCGACGUCGAGCUGAGCGAAAUGGCCACGAUUCUCAUGUCCCGGCUGCCGGUCAGAGAAGGGCCUGACAGCGACGGCGACGACGACGACGAUAAGGACAACGACAACAAGGCCAAUGACAGCAGCAACGACGACGACAACGACAACAAGAAUGGCGGUGUCGGUGCCGAGUCAGGGCAUGAUGAUGAUGCGCAGCUAGGCUAG